AUGCCCACCAUCACCGGCAAGCAAGUCGGCCCCAUCGGCUACGGCCUCAUGGGCCUCACAACCCGCAAAACUCCCAACUCAGACGACACCAACUUCGCAGCCAUCAAAACCGCCAUCCAAUCCGGCUGCACAUUCCUCAACGGCGCCGAAUUCUACGGCACAACCCCCCACGAAAAUUCACUAACCCUCCUCCAUCGCUACUUCACAAAAUACCCCGAAGACGCAGACAAAGUCGUCAUCAACAUCAAAGGCGGGCGGGACUUUGAGACGCUCAGCUUCAACGGGAGCAAGGACGCCAUCACGCAGAGCAUCGAGCACUCACUCGAGCAACUUGGCUCGGUGGCACGUAUCGCCCAAUGGGGAAUUGCGAGAAAGGAUCUAAACCACGACUACGAAGAUGAAACGCUCGCCACUAUAGAUACGUACGUCCAGAGCGGUAGCAUAGAUGGCAUUUCGACGAGUGAAAUCAACCCCCACACCUUGAGAAGCGCGGCGAAAAAAUUCCGCAUCACGGCGUUGGAGAUUGAAGUUUCGCUAUUUUAUCCCGAUGCCAUUACGAAUGGGUUGCUAGCUACAUGUGCGGAGCUGGAUAUCCCAGUCCUUGCAUAUUCACCUCUUGGUCGUGGACUCCUCGGCGGACAGAUCAAGUCCAUCGACGACCUGGCCCCCGAUGACAUGAAGCGCCAUAUGCCGCGAUACAAAGACGGCAAUCUGGAGGCUAAUCUCAAGCUCGUCGAGAAAGUGGAGGGUCUCGCCACGAAGAAGGGGUGUACGCCGGCCCAGAUCUCUAUUAAUUGGCUUUUGGCGCUGUCGAAGAGACCCGGCAUGCCGGUCAUUAUUCCUAUUCCGGGGUCGUCGAAUCCUGAACGAAUCAAGGAGAAUGCUACGAUUGUUGAUUUGAUGAGUGAGGAUCUUGCCGAGAUUGAUGGUAUGUUGAAGGGGUUUGUGGCGGCUGGCGAUAGGUAUCCUGCCAGUUUUAUGAAGGAUUUGCAGUUGUAA